GCGCCGGGAGAGGGAGCUGGCCGAGAAGAAGCGCCAGCAAGUCAUGCAGUUGGUCAAGAAAAAACGAGAAAAGGAAGCCAAGGCGCGCUCGGCCAUGAUCGAAAAGGUCAUGAGGCGGCGAAGCUCGGUCAAGGAAACCCCGCCCUCAGAGCGUGAGAUCAGAUUUUUGGAGGAACAGCGUGAGCGCGUGGAGGCGCGCAAGGACCUCGACGAACUCCGCGCACAAGAGUAUGAGGCCCGCCGCAUCUUUGAAGAGGCCAUCAAGGAGAAGCGCCUGCGAGAAGAGGAUGCGCAGAUGAAAGCGGCCCUCGAACAUAAGCGACAGGAGGAAGAGGCACAGCUACAGGCCGUGUCCGAAGCCAUUGUUGAACGAAAGGCACGCACCCAAUCUCUUCGUGAACAGAUUGAGGAGAAUCAGCGCCGGCGUCAAGAGCAGUGCAUUGCCGAAGCCAAACACGACCGCGAAGUGCUCGAGAAUGCCACCCGUGAGCGCUUGGCCGAACAAGAAGCCGCCAACCGCCGCCGUGCAGAGCUUCGGGAACAGGAACUCGCAGCGCGUGCCGCUGCCGAGGAGCGGCGUCUUGCCACGCGCAAGAGCGCCGAGCAGCGGCAGCGUGAAAUUGAACGCCAACGACGCGCGGCGCAUCGCCAAGAACGCAUUGCUGCCGAGCGAGAGCGUAAAGCGCGUGAGAUUGAGGAGAAGAAACGCCGCCAAGCCGCCAAGGCUGAAUACGAGGCCCACCAAGCUGCCAUCCGUCAGCAACACAAGGCCCAG